CCUCGCAGUGACGGGGAGAAGUCUGGAUCGGAGGCUCGCCACCUGGCGAUGCGAGUUUCUGAGUUGUGAGGCGUCUCCAGGUGUUAUUCCGCUCCCGCAGCUGUCCCACCUCAUUAAUCCAUUCUAAUCUCCUUCUAGAUUUUUACGCAAACGAUAAUGUGUGACUUUUAGUGAUAAGAACGGCUGUAGUGAAACGGCACCGGACGGACGGAAGGACCGACGGACGCACGAACGGAUGGAUGUGUCCGUUCUAGGACGCACUGGAAUAAUACAGUGAACUGACUUUUACCGAGGAUCUCCCUUCUGUUUGUUUUUUUUUUUUCCUCUGGAGUUCAUCUCUUUAUUUAUUUUUUUGGGAAUUGUAUAUUCACUGGGUGGGAAGUGCAACAUUUCUCAGGCUUUGAUCACCUGCUAUGUGUCUGGUGUGGAAAAUACCUGGUGGAAGGUGUGCAGCGGGAUACAGCCAAGGAGGACAGGACAUCCGCAACUGAUUUUUUUUUUUUUUUUUUUAAAAGCUCCGUUUCAUAUUUUCCAGUCCAUUUUUGUUUGAUUUAUUCAGUGGGUUAUGUACGUGGAAUGAAGACAGAGGAUGGAUAUAAUUUGGGAAAUACUGAUUAUUCUUCAAGCCAAUUUUAUUGUCUGCAUAUCAGCACAGCCGAAUCCUCCGAAAAUUCACGAAGGAUGGUGGGCGUACAAGGAGGUGGUGCAGGGGAGCUUUGUUCCAGUGCCAUCCUUCUGGGGGCUGGUAAACUCGGCUUGGAACCUGUGCUCGGUGGGGAAGAGGCAGUCGCCAGUCAACAUCGAGACCAGCCACAUGAUCUUUGACCCCUUCCUCACGCCCAUCAAGUUGAACACGGGUGGACGCAAGGUGGGAGGGACGAUGUACAACACAGGCCGCCAUGUCUCUCUGCGAUUGGAUAAGGAGCAUCUGGUGAACAUCUCUGGCGGGCCCAUGACGUACAGCCAUCGCCUGGAGGAAAUCCGGCUACACUUCGGCAGCGAGGACGGCCAGGGCUCCGAACACCUGCUGAACGGACAGGCCUUUUCCGGAGAGGUUCAACUGAUCCACUACAAUCAUGAGCUGUACACAAAUUAUACAGAAGCUGCUAAAAGCCCCAAUGGACUGGUCAUAGUGUCCAUAUUCAUGAAGAUUGCCGAGACAUCGAACUCAUUCCUCAAUCGAAUGCUGAACAGAGACACCAUCACGAGAAUAACAUAUAAAAAUGAUGCAUAUUUACUUUCCGGCCUGAACAUAGAGGAGAUUUACCCAGAAACCAAUAGUUUUAUCACAUACGAUGGAUCGAUGACUAUUCCCCCAUGCUUUGAGACGGCCACGUGGAUCCUGAUGAACAAGCCUGUGUACCUCACACGUAUGCAGAUGCACUCUUUACGGUUGCUGAGCCAGAACCAGCCAUCUCAGAUCUUCUUGAGCAUGAGCGACAAUGUGCGUCCCGUCCAGCCGCUGAACAACCGCUGCAUCCGCACCAACAUCAACUUCAGCAUGCAGGGCAAAGACUGCCCCAACAACAGGGCUCAGAAGCUCCAGUAUCGAGUGAACGAGUGGUUGCUAAAGUAGCCUCCCUUGGAUGAGCAUGGAGACGAGUGUCAGGGAUGGAGAGUGGGAGCCGACGAGACAAGGGAAUGGGAGGGGGUGGAAGGAUGUGAAUGUGGGCUUAAGACUGCAUCUCAUCUAAGAUUAUUUCAUGGCAUUGUACAAAGACAAAGAAUGGACAUUAUCCUAAAUAAGGAACUUCACAUUGCGAGAAAAGAGACUCUUCUUUUCAUACAUCGAGAACCGUUUGAACCCUUGAUCUAACACAUGCUAACAAGUCCUUUCCCUCACUGUAUGACUAUAUCUAUAUGGACAUUUUGAUACUGGGACUUUUUUGGGAGAAUACGAAAAAAAAAAAAAAAAGACACUUGGAAACAAAUCUAAAAAAAAAAAAACAACCAAUGUGGAAGCAUUUAUUUGAUAGCCUCCCAACCAAAAAGGACCAUGUUGGGACAUUAAAAAGCCUUUGUACAUAAAGAUGUUGUUAUCAGUAGUUAAUUCCAAGGACUUCUAAGUCACUGCCCCCACCUUCAUGCCGGUCAAGAUGAAGUGGUCAACAAGACUCACACAGACAAUUCAUUAUAGUCACCAACAAGGCAUGCGAUCAGCAAAACCAACAGAGCGAGGGGACACAGCCUUACCUUGUCAUUUUCCAACAAGUCAUGUCAUGGGAGAUGAAGCAAAUAUUUACCGGCUUUCUACGGCCUACGAGCAACCAGUGUCUUGGCCUCAUUUGUACAUAUUAUAAUUAUCAAUACUGCAGAAAAAUGAAUAUGUAAAGAAAAGUAAUGAAUUAACAUUCAAAAGAUAUAUUAAGAGGAUUUUUAAAAAGUUAAAGUCAAAAAGUUGAGAAUUUUAAAAGCUUGGCGCACUUUGAUUCUGGAGCAGUUCUCAGUCUGAGAUGAUGCCUUUUUUUCUGUUUUAUUGUUUACAAUGGUCAUACACUGUGUUUGAGUAAUGUUAUCAGCCCAAUAAAUGUGUCUGGAAAGUUCA